AUGAAGUUUUUCGGUCUGUGUGCUGCUUCAGUCCACGGACUUGCUCUUAACAGCACGAUCACAGACGAUGUCGCCCCAAUGGCAGACCCGCAGAUCCUUGUUAUGAGCAAAAACCCGCCAUUCGCCAUUGCUUGGCCUUACGGAGCUUCAGAGCCUGACAUUCACCAUUACGAAGACUUCAAUUACAACGGAUUCUACGUCAAGCAAACGUGCUCAGCGAAACUCAAUGGAAGAAUUUAUCUUUUCGGCGGUGGAACUAGCAUCGAAGAUCCCCAACGACAGCAAGUUGCCCGCGUCCGAGGUGAUAUUACUGGUUUGGAUAUUCUAUCCACCCAGUUGCCAUUUCCAAUGGUCGAGCAUUCUUGUGCUGCGAUAAGAAACAAUUGGAUUAUGCUUUGUGGUACUGCUGAUACUGUCAGCGGAGAAUACAGCCACCAAUGCAACGCUUUUACUGAAGACGGCAAUGGUUUCUUAUGGAAACGAGAGCCCGACACCAAUGGUGCUCAUGCUAAGAGCGCAAUGGUGUACUCAUCACGUGGUUACUCCGUAAUUAUUGGUGGCGUCGACGGAUACGAUUCUACUGUUGUAGAAACUAUUCACAUGCGCGAAGAGUACUCUGAUCCACAGAGCGCUGCAUGGGUUCAAGGCAAAGCACUUCCAGCACCUAUUGAAGAGCACUCUGCAGUAGCAUUUGAUAAUGGACGAGUCUGUGUCUUCGGUGGCUGGAAUGAUAAUAACUUCGGAGCGACAAAGAUCACUUACUGCAUCCGAGAGCCAUGGAUUCUCGGAACGUCUUCCGAUGUAUGGGGCCGACGAGACGAGCUUGUCAUCGCAAGGAGACAGCACCGAACAGUUCUUCUUACUUCUGGAGGGCAUACUGAGCUGUUCCACAUUGGGGAUUCUGGACACAAAGCAAUCGAAAAGUGGUCAGACCCUAACGAAUUCUUCGAUCGCUGGUCAACCAAAGCAACCCACGGCGAUUUUUACGGACUUCAAGUGCCAGAAGCCUUCAUUAUUUAA